AUGCAGCAAACCUUGCCUAUAGCGGACGAUUCCAAUCGCAAAGAUAUCAAUGCCAGCAAAGACUUUCCUGCCUCCGAUUAUACGGCAGGUGAUAUCCAAGUACUUGAAGGCCUUGAAGCUGUGCGGGUUCGUCCCGGCAUGUACAUUGGGACCACCGGGCUGAGCGGUCUGCAGCACUUGAUGAUCGAGAUUCUCGACAAUGCAGUGGACGAAGCGAUGGCCGGCUACUGCACCAAGGUCGACCUCCAUAUUUCGGCGGACGGCUUGAUAAGCAUUUCUGACAAUGGGCGCGGCAUUCCGACCGAUGUUCAUCCUACCACUGGCAAGAGCGCACUGGAGACGGUGAUGACUACGCUGCACGCCGGCGGCAAGUUCGGCGGCGGUGCGUACAAGGUCACUGGCGGACUGCACGGUGUCGGGGCAUCGGUGGUGAAUGGCCUGUCAGAGUUCCUGCGGGCGGAAGUUCGCCGCGACGGGGUAAUGAACUCCCAGGAAUAUUCGAGGGGCAUCCCAACGACUGAGCUCACCAGAGAGUCCAGGACGCCCGAACAUGGAACCACUGUGAUGUUCCGACCGGAUCCCGAGAUAUUUGGCGAAAUCGACUACGACUUUCGAUGA